AUGGAAUUGUGGAGGGUUAAUAUCAAUCCUGAUGAACUGAUGCUUAAUAUGUUUGAUGUAAAUAUCGAGAAAGAACUUGGAGGUGACAAAAUGUCAGUCACAAUGAAGAUUUCUUCUUGGUUCCCUAAUGAACUUAAUGAAAAAUAUCUACAUAUCAUUGUCGAAUUGCCUGAAUAUCGAAUCAACUUUAAGAGCUGUACUGAUAGAAAAGAACCUGUUCCUAUGGAUAAGGUCAUUUUCAAGGAAGGUUUCUUCGAGCUAGAAGCAAAGAAUCUUUUGGAGGAGCAACCACAAAGAAAACUUAAUGUGGUAUAUGAGAGAAAACAUCAUCAUAAAGUGCCUUUACAGAAAUUUAUUGGAGUCAUGAAAUGUCCACAGUGUUUGCAGGAUGAUGAGGAAGAACGUGCCUUGUUUAUUGAUUAUGAUGUAGUCAUUCCUUUCCAUCGCAAUUACCAUGAAAAGCUUGUGCAUGGUAUUAGCAUUGGUAAUCUUAAAUCUCCGAACAAGAAUGCAUGUACCAUAAGUCUAUUAAUUCGAAUGAAAAAGAAAUCCAAAGAGAAUUUCAAAGGUUUUACAUUAUUACUACAAAACAUGGACCAAAAUUUAUUUGAUAAAGGGUUGAAAGGUUGUGCUUCAGUUACUAAAUACACUUGUAUAAAUACCGACGCUAAUAAUCACCUCAUUGAUUAUGCAAUUUGCAGACUCAUCAAUGAUCAUAGGGUUUCAAUAAACCCGAAUACACCAUUUGGAUCUGGGAUCAUUGUUGAGGACCUUUCUUAUGUAGGUAGCAAUUCCUAUAAAAAGAUUUACGUUAAGAAGUCUGGAACGACAGUUGUAGCAGAAGAUAUUAUGACCGAUGAAUGGUCUUCCGAUCAUCAUUUGGUGCUCCAGGAGAUUCUGGUUCUACCAAUAUUUGACGAAAAUUAUCGGUUGUUAGGAAUACUUCAUGGUGGUAACGAACAAGCAUGCUAUAUGGUGCCCAUCGAAAUAAUUAAAGAACUCAUUAUAAAGUAG